CUUGGUGGCUAUAAUGUGUUACGGAAAGAAGGAGUUUACAAAUAUAGUAUGCUAUGUUUCAGAUUAUUCAUAUUUUACAUAUCUUUUUCUGUAUUUGUAGUACUAGCUAUUGUCACAGAUAAGUUGUGCUUUUACGUAACAUGUCAGAGGGGGCGUAGUAAUGCACCGAGAAGCUCUUUGCCAUCCGGUAACGAAGAAGAAAGCCAGAAAACAACAACAACAGGAACUAUUUCCAGUGCAAGUUCUAUCUUUCCUAAUACUCGGUCUUCCCCGAGAUCUUUCAAUCGUCAUAUUAUACAUCAAUGUGUCAUGGAGGAUUAUAGCGAGAAUGACAUUUUCCAGAAAAUGCUUAGUAUGAAUUUAGUGCCAAGAAAAAACGGCACGUACGGAAACAACGACACAUCCCUUGGCGACUUCUCAGAGAUGUGGUAUGGAGUUUUUAUGUGGGCAGCAGUCUCCUCUAUGAUCUUCCACCUUCCUGCAACUCUGCUGGCAUUCGUUGCACUUCGGCAGCACAAAAUGGCCCGACUGAUGCCCAUCGCCAUCCUCUUAAUGGGCAUUGUUGGACCAGUGGGUGGAGGAGUCCUCACCAGUGCAGCCAUUGCAGGAGUGUACAAGGCAGCAGGGAAGAGGAUGAUGUCUCUGGAGGCGCUGGUGUUUGGUGUGGGACAGUCCUUCUUCAUCCUGCUUAUUUCCUUCCUCCGGGUGCUUGCCACCCUUUAGCAGCGCCGGAGCCGCUUAGCUGCGAUUGGAAUCCCACUUUUCUGCUGGUCGGGCAAUUUUAGGACCAAACAGGCCUUGGGUGUGCUCAUGUGAUCAUUACAUGAUGUGUGUGGAGUUUCUCCUGCUAAAACAUCACCGUGGAGCAAACUCACAUCCAAAAUGUAGGAUCUGGUCCUGCUUGUUUUGUCCCUUGAAGCAGCACAGAAAAAAAAAAUAAGAAACUGGAAAGCAGCGGCACUGAGUGGACCUCGUGAGGCCCAACGGAUUGAUGAGAAAACAUGGCGUACAGAAGUUGGAAAGUCAUUCAAACAAUUCAACUUAGUUUGAGAUAUUGUUGCUUGGUCUGUUAAUGCUUGCCAAGCUGCACUAGUCAGAGAAAUGGAAUAGAGUGUCUUGGCUGGUGCUGUGUCGCUUUAUUGAUCUUAAUCCCUAUUUUUAUUCUAGGAGCCUACACCAGGAGUGUGCAAAGUGCUACACAGGGUCCAAUUUCGUUCCACAGCUUGUUUUUUAUCUACUCUGUGCGGAUCAAUAAAAUUAAAUGAAUUCGUUAUCGAGAUGUUAUUAGUAAUGCUGUCAAACAAUACAUUUUUACAAGUGAUUUGUUCGCAGUGCUCCCGCAAAGUAUUCACAGCGCUUAAAUUUUACCACACUUGCAGCAUAAUUCCAAAAUUUAAUACAUUUUUGUCCUCAAUAUUCUACACACAAUACCCCAUUUUGACAGUGUGAAGUUGUUGUUUUUAGAAAUUUUAGCAAAUUUGUUAAAAAUAAAAACUAACAAAUCACAUCGACCUAAGUAUUCACAGCUACAUUUUGAGUACAAAAAUGAAUUUAAUCCAUUAUGGAAUAAGGCUGUAACAUAAUAAAAUGUGGAAAAGGUCCAAACUUUCAGGAUUCACUAUAAAGUCAUCCGGAAAGUAUUUAUUAAAAUGUAGUAAAAAUAUUAAACUAAAACACCCUGGAUAAAAAAAACAACGCUUCCCAUCCAACUUGAUGGAGCAUGAGAGGUUUCUGCAAAGACAUAGUUGUGCCUUCCUUGUGGGAUCGUAUUCAAAGAGGUGUCAGGCAGUAGUUGCUGCCAAAGGUGCAUCAACAAAGUAUUUGGCAAAGGCUGUUAAUACUAUAUAUUUUUUUUGUUUGUUUUAAUGCAAUUUUUAUCAAAAAAAUAAAAUAAAAAUAACAUUGUCAUUAUGGGGUAUUGUCUGUAGAAUUUUGAGGACAAAAUGGAUAUAUUCAAUUUUGGAAAAAGCUAUAACAUGACAAAAUGUGGAAAGAGCGAAACAUUGUGAAUAGUUUACAGAUGCACUGUAUGUGAUUCAUGCAAUCUUUUUUUGUGAUUAAUCACAGAAGUUGACUUAUUUUUUUACUUCAAUGUACAGAAUGUAUGAAAUCGGCUCACAGCGUCUUUCAAUUUUACUGAAGUUUGCGGCUCUUAUGGACACCCCUGGGCUACACCAUCUGACGAGAAUAAAAUGUAUAUAUUUGAUGUUCUUAGUGAAGCAGGACAAUUCAAAUUGCUCUUCUUCAGUUUAAAUUGUUUUAUGAUUUGAGUUUAAAGAUGCAUUUUAUGAAGCUGGUUUUAUGUUGAGCAGUCUUUAUAUUUAUGAUUAGUACACUGCUUCAUUGUCACUACAUGUAAUUAAAGUCUUCAAUUAAGAUUUA